AUGGCUACCCCCACUGUCCUCGCCUUUGAUGUAGAGGGCAGAGCCAUUGACUUUGACGUGUGGGUAGACGACCUACUGCUUUUCCUACAGUGCGACAGAGCUGACGGACUCUCUCUCUUUGAUCUCACUUCUGGUGCCUCUCCCGCCCCUGCUGCUACUGAGGAUGCCACUGUUCACUCACAGUGGGCCACACGCGAUGCUGCUACACGUCUUGCUGUGCGUCGCCACCUCCCUCCCGCUGAGCGUGCGCACUUUGGGUCGUACAAGAGUGCUAAGACCUUGUACGACGCCGUUAUCGCACGCUACUCCACCCCUGCCACUGCUGCACUGAGCCGCCUCAUGCUACCGUACCUCUUUCCCGACCUUGCUGCUUUUGCCACAGUCGCCGACCUCAUUACCCACCUGCGCACUAGUGACGCUCGUUUCCGCGCUGCACUUCCUGCUGAGGACGACCUACUCGCAGUCUGCCCCACCACUCUCACUGUCGAGAUCCUCGAGAAGUCCCUCCUCGCAGCCGAGAAGAGCAUUCUUGCUGUAGGGGCCUCUCGUGGUGACCCGCGCACCCCCAUCUUUGAGGGGUGUUCCCCCUCCCCCCUCCUGCCCUCUGUCGCCUCUGCUGCUGCUGCCGACCUUGUUGGUUUUGAGUCGGUCGGAGCGGCGUCUGCCCCCAGCGGGAGACGUCGCUCUGGCAAGAGCAAGGGGGGCAGGGGCGGUGGUGGAGGCGGCGGGGGCGGUGGAGGCGGAGGUAGAGGCAGCGGCGGAGGUGAGGGUGGUAGCGGGAGUAGUGGCGGGAGUGGAGGUGUCGGCGGAGGCAGUGGAGGCGGGGGCGGCAGCGGCGGUGGUAGUGGGGGUGGAGGCGGAGGCGGCGGUGGCGGCGGCGACGGUGGGAGUGGGGGUGGCGGUGGAGGUGGUGGCGGCGGCGGCGGAGGAGGCGGCGGAGGUCGUGGCGCGCCGAGGAGGAGUGGCUCCGGUGGUGGUCAGCGCCAGCAGCAGCAGCGUGGUCAGGAGACCCUCUCCCCGCAGCAGCUCCGUGAGUGGUACUCUGCGCGUCAGCGGGGUGGGGGUACUGGUCCGUGCACUUACGUCCUGCGCACUGGCGACCGUGCGGGUGAGCAGUGUGGUGGUCCACACUCCGCCCAGCGUUGCUUCGGCCGCCUGACUGACGCUUGGCGCCGCCAGUUUCCUAACGCCUCUGAGAUCCCUUGCUGGGACCAGCUGUCUAGGGCUGGAGUAGCUAUCUUUGAUCUUGACUUUGAUGCUAUUCUUGCUGCUAUGUAUGCUGUGACUAUUAGUGAGGAGGGUGACUGUUACCGGUGUUUCCCGCCCGACCCGGGCAUUGGUACUGCGGCUCUAGGUGCUGUUGAGGCUGCUGCUCCAGGUGCUGGUGAGGCUGUUGCUCUAGGUGCCAGUGAGUCUGAGUCCUCAGGUGCUGGUGAGUCUGCUCUCUCAGGUACAGUGUCGCCUUCACCCUCUCUAACUUUCACUCUUGACUCCGAGGCGUCUCGCUCCUUCUUUCGAGACCGCACCACACUCACGCCGCUUAGUCGGCCAGUGGCGGUCUCCUUGGCAGACCCCUCUGGGGGUCCUGUUCUGGCUCGCUACUCCACUGUCCUGCCGUGCCCUGCGGUCCCGUCUGGCGCUCUGUCCGGUCUCUACCUCCCCUCGUUCUCUACGAACUUGGUGGCGGGUGCUGACCUACAGGAUGCAGGGGUUGACCAGUUCACCCCUGCGCGCCGACGAGUCACCCACUGCACGGACGCGGACACGGGUCGACACCUGACCACAUUCACACGUGGUCCAGGGUCGAGCCUGUACACACUCACUGUUCCGUCUCCUUCUCCUGCGUCUGGUCAGGUAGCUGCGUCGGGUCAGGUGUUUGCUGCAGCGUCCAGGUCUGGUCCUGAGUCUGCCCCCUGCUCGUGUCGCCUCCUGUCCCACGAGACCCUCCUGUGGCACCACAGGAUGGGUCACCCCUCCCUGCCUCGUCUCCGGGGCAUGGCCUCUCGCCUUCUUGUCUCUGGCCUUCCCCGGUCCCUCCCUCCCCUUCCUCCGGGGCCUGGCCCUCCCUGUGUCCCCUGUGUCGAGGGUCGCCUGCGGGCUUCCCCUCACUCCUCCCCGUUCCCUCCGACGGAGGCCCCGAUGCAGACGCUUCACAUGGACGUGUGGGGCCCAGCCCGCGUCCGUGGACAGGGUCACGAGCGCUACUUCCUGCUGGUGGUUGACGACUACUCGCGUUACACCACAGUCUUCCCCUUGUGCAGCAAGGGUGAGGUCACUGAGGUGUUGAUCGACUGGAUCCGCGCAGCUCGUCUCCAGCUCAGGCAGAGCUUCGGCUCGGACUUUCCUGUUCUGCGUCUGCAUUCGGACAGAGGCGGAGAGUUCUCCGCCGGCCUUCUGCGAGCCUACUGUCGGGCACGAGGCAUCUGCCAGACCUUCACGCUUCCGGACUCUCCACAGCAGAAUGGGAUUGCUGAGCGCCGCAUCGGCAUUGUCAUGGACGUCGCCCGUACGUCCAUGGUGCAUGCGACUGCCCCCCAUUUUCUGUGGCCGUUUGCGGUUCGGUACGCCGCGCAUCAGAUCAACCUUCAGCCCAGAGUCUCCCGACCGGAGACCUCCCCAGCUUUGCUGUGGACGGGGAAGGUUGGCGAUGCGUCGGCGUUCCGUGUCUGGGGAUCUCGGGCGUUUGUCCGCGACUUGUCUGCGGACAAGCUGUCCCCUCGUGCUGCUCCCUGUGUCUUCCUUGGCUUCCCCACAGACGCUCCCGGGUGGCAGUUUUACCACCCCUCCUCUCGUCGUGUUCUGUCCUCCCAGGACGUCACGUUCGACGAGUCAGUCCCCUUCUACCGCCUCUUCCCCUACCGCACUCCUUCCCUCCCCCCUCCGCCGGACUUCCUUGUGCCAGUUCCCCCCCCGGUAGACCCCCUCCCCCCUCAGGUUCCUGCCCCCUCAGGUGUGUCCCAGGUAGACGCAGUUGACCCGGUCGAGGUUACUGGUGACUCUGGUGCUGCUGCGGGUGCUGAGCCUGGGGGUGCUGACUCUGGGGGUGCUGUGCGCGGGGGUGCCGAGUCUGGAGGUGCUGCUACUGGGGGUGCUGAGCCUGGGGGUGCUGGGCCUGGGAGUGCUACUGCGGAGGGUGCUGCGCCUGGGGGUGCUGAGCCGGGGGGUACGGUGCCUGGGGGUGCUACGUCUGGAGCUGUUGAGCCUGGGGUUUCUCCUGCUGCUGCGUCUCGCCGGGAGCCCCUCUCUCCACAGGAGCUGCGCGAGUGGUUUGCUCGCCGCUGGAGGCGUGCUACUGGAGCUGGAGCUUCUUCGACCGUCGAGGGUGCUGGUGCUGCCGGUCCCAGAGCUGCUGGGUCUGCGGGUACUCCUGGAGCAGGAGCUCCUGAGGGUGUUGGUGCUGAGACUACUGCUGUCUGUCCCGGCGGUGGUUCUGCUACUGGUGCUGCUAGAGGUCCUGCCGCUGGAGGUGUUGGUGGCGCUGGUGCUGUCGCUGAGGGUGCUGGUGCUGUCCGUGCUGAGUCUGGAGCUGCCGCGCGGCCUCGACCGUACUUUGUUCCGCUCCUGCAGCAGGUUCUUGGUCUUUCUCCUCCGGUAGAGUGUUCACAGCCUGUCCAGUCACAGUCACUGUUGGAGCCUUCCUCUCCACUGCCUGCUCCCUCUCCUUACACUGGUCCUACUGGAGGUCUUGCUGAGCGUCGUGAGCCUGCGUCUCGUCCUGCGUCGCCUGUUCGUGCUGCUCACACUAGAGGUCGCGGUUCGCGUCAGCGUCCUCCUCCUGUCCCUGGCACGCACCGGAUGUCUCUGCGUCCGUCCACUGCUCCUCUGCGUGCCCCUUUGCCUUCUCCUCCUGAGUCCUCUCUUCCUGCCCUUUCCGACCCGGAGUCGGACUCUCUUCGUGCUGCCAGUCCUAAUGUCACGCGUCUGCUUGCUACUGUCGUCACUGACCCCUCUUUUGAGUCCACUGCUGCGUCUGCUCUUGUCGCUGAGCUCGUCGACUUUGCUGCUCGCUGUCGUCUAGACUACGCUGCUAUUCUUGUUGCUGAGUCUGCGUCUGUCUGUCCUCCGUCCGUCGGGGGUGAGUGUGCUCUUGGCACGGACGUCCUAGAGGACAGGCAGGAGGAGUUACAGUGUCUGGCUGCUGCUUCACCUCAUCUUGCGUCUGUACUGCUUGCUCCUGAGGGAGACCCGGAUGCACUAGACAUCCCGACUCCGCGCUCUUACGCGGAGGCCGUAGAGGGUCCCUACUCGUCUCAGUGGCAGGCAGCUAUGGAUGCAGAGAUGGCUUCCUGGAAGUCCACAGGCACCUACGUUGACGCAGUUCCCCCUCCUGGGGCGAACAUCGUCAGUGGCAUGUGGAUCUUCAGGGUGAAGCGGCCGCCGGGCUCUCCACCUGUCUUCAAGGCGCGGUACGUUGCUCGUGGCUUCAGUCCGCGGCAGGGAGUUGACUACUUUCAGACCUUCUCUCCCACCCCGAAGAUGACCACUCUUCGGGUGCUGCUGCACAUAGCCGCUCAGCGCGACUACGAGCUUCACUCUCUCGACUUCAGCACUGCGUUCCUGCAGGGUAGCCUGCACGAGGAGAUCUGGCUGCACCGUCCACCUGGCUUCACUGGGACUUUCCCUCCUGGCACCCAGUGGAGCCUCCGACGGCCAGUCUACGGUCUCCGCCAGGCACCGCGUGAGUGGCACGACACACUGAGGACUACGCUUGCGGCUCUUGGGUUUGCUCCUUCUACUGCUGACCCGUCGCUGUUUCUGCGCACCGACACUUCUCUGCCGCCGUUCUACAUCCUCGUGUAA